AUGUUCUACCGGCCAGGCACGACGACGCAGAUGACGCGUGCUGUCCAGCGGGCGCUGAAUCGAGGCUCUCAACGGUCAUCGUCUAGCGCGUUCCGAAGGAUGCGCACGAAGCAUGUAGUCUUAGAAUCGGCGGUGCGACCGGCGCUCGUGGCGGGUAUCCCAAUGCUUGUUGACGGUGCAUCGUACAUGACGGACAUCAAGACCAUGUUCACUUGCUUUGAAGAAGACGACGACGGAACCUAA